AUGUCGCAGGCUGCGAGUUCAAGCAACGUGGUCGGUGUGCACUACCGCGUCGGCAAGAAGAUUGGAGAGGGAUCGUUCGGCGUCAUCUUCGAGGGCACAAACCUUCUCAACAAUACCCAAGUGGCCAUCAAGUUUGAGCCACGCAAGAGCGAUGCACCGCAGCUUCGAGAUGAAUACAGGACAUACAAGAUCCUGGUCGGAUGCCCUGGCAUCCCAAAUGUCUACUACUUCGGUCAAGAGGGCCUGCAUAACAUACUUGUCAUCGACCUUCUGGGGCCGUCUCUCGAAGACCUUUUUGACCACUGCGGUCGGCGGUUCAGCAUCAAGAGCGUCGUCAUGAUUGCCAAGCAGAUGCUGUCGCGUGUCCAGACCAUCCACGAGAAGAACCUCAUCUACCGCGACAUCAAGCCAGAUAAUUUCCUCAUUGGUCGCCCAAACACCAAGGCCCAGAACGUUAUUCACGUUGUCGACUUUGGCAUGGCGAAGCAAUACCGCGACCCAAAGACGAAGCAACACAUACCCUACCGCGAGCGUAAAUCUCUCUCCGGUACCGCUCGAUACAUGAGCAUCAACACACAUCUCGGCCGCGAGCAGUCACGCCGCGACGAUCUCGAGGCCCUCGGCCACGUCUUCAUGUAUUUCCUGCGAGGAGGUCUGCCAUGGCAAGGCCUGAAGGCCGCCACAAACAAGCAGAAGUACGAAAAGAUCGGAGAGAAGAAGCAGACGACCGCGAUCAAGGAUCUCUGCGAAGGCUUCCCAGAAGAGUUCAACAAGUACCUCUCAUACGUCCGCAAUCUGGGCUUUGAGGACACUCCAGACUACGACUACCUGCGCGACCUCUUCACAAAAGCGCUGCAGAACACCGGCGAAGUUGAAGAUGGCGAGUACGAUUGGAUGAAGCUCAACAACGGCAAGGGCUGGGACGUACCAACCCGUCCAUCGGCAGCUGCUGGUCAUCGUGAGCAAGGCAACCCUUCUAAUGCCGACCUUCACCGCAGCAACCUCAAUAGAGCAUCCAACACCCCACAGAUCGAUAAGGAGAAGCCACUCCCGAGCAAGCCAGGUGCAGUGCGCCAGCAAAAUGCUCAACGAGCUCAGCCCGGUCGAAGGCCACAAAACAGUGCCGACCUUGGCAAACGUGGCAGCGGCAUGCAGUUGGACACGCCCGACCAUCGUAGCACGGCGGCACAAUUCCAAAACAGCCGCGCCGACCUCACUCGCGGCACCAGUGCUUCGGCCAACCAACUGGCUCAGCCACAAUCAGCGAGCGCGACUCAACAGCGUCCAGCUCCGCAACAGUCACCGCCAGAACAGAAGGAAGGCUUCAUGCAGAAGGUUUUCAAGGUUCUCUGCUGCGGCUAG